UUGUGAGUAGAUCCAGAAAAUACAUUUUUCAAAAACUUUUGAAACUAUCACCAAAUAAGGUAACUACAAUAAUAAUCAACAGUUCAGCUUUGGACGACGACACCAACCAAUGUCAAACAAUUCCAACUCCAAUCAGCUGAGUUUGGCAAAGUUUGCGUUCAAUAUAUAUGGAACGUUAAAUCAUUCCAAUUCCUAUGACAAUAACAGUACUUCCCCAGCUUCAUCUUAUAGUUCGAUUAAAUCAAAAGUAACAGAGAAUUAUGAUUAUAGAGCUAAUAAAUUAGUAUACAAUUGUGAAAGAGAAGUGAUAACCUUAUCUCAAUUGAACUUCCAAUUACAUAAUUUAUCCAAUGGUUAUCCCUCUGAUCAUGGGAUAUCUCAUCAUGUCGUGGUAGGUGGUAGAAACUAUUUAAGAAUCCUUGCCUUAAAUGAUGAUCAAUCUCGAAUAUUACAAGAUAUAAAUGUAUUGGAACAAAGCACAUCUCAAUUCAAUUCAAGACUACCUGCUAUAAAUAAACUUAACAAUAUCAAUACAGUCAAGACUCAUCAUGAUACUAUUGCAGCUGGAUUAUCCAAUGGGUUAAUCAAUGUAUUUAAAAUAAGUCCUAAUGGUAAAUCUCGACUCAUUAAUAAAUUCUCCGAUCAUAAACGUUCAAUUAACUCAUUGGAUUUCAUUACUAAUGGCUCAUCAUUUGAACCUUCUAAUUUAUUCAUAUCAGGAUCUCAAGAUGGGUCCAUCAAACUAUGGGAUUUACGAUCUUCAAACCCUCGACCUGUUAUAACUAUUAUGUCAAGUAAUCAUUCGGAUCCAGUGAGAUCAUGUCAAUAUUCUCCUCAUUCAACUGCCAGAAAUAAAAUGACUAUUCUUUCAGCUCAUGAUUCAGGUUCAUUAGCUAAGUUUGAAUUAAGAUCUCCUUCAGGUAAUCAAUUACAAAAUAUAAUCUCACCCGAAAGAAAAUGGAAUUUACAUACUGGACCGGCAUUAUCAUUACAUAUCCAUCCCGAAAAGGAAUAUGUUUUAACUGGUGGUAGAGAUCAGAAGAUGUGUAUUUGGAAUUAUAGUGAUUCUAAUCCUUCAUCUAAUAGAGUAACCCCUGAACAUAUGAUUAAUACUUAUGGACCUGUCAUGAAAGUACGAUGGAGUCAAUAUCCAUCAUUACGAAGUGGGGCAGAUUUAAACUUGGAAAACAUUCAACAAUCAAAUGAAUUCAAUAGGUUUGAUGAUAAGUUAACUUAUGAUGAAAGAGAAGCGCUCUAUUCAUUUCCAAAUUCAUCUACGAGAGGUAAUUCUCUAUAUCAUUAUGAUUUCGCAUGUCUGUAUUUGAAUGAUGAUUCAACCAUUACAGUUUACAAUCUUAAUAGGAAAUAUAUCCCCAAAGAAGUUAUAACUUCUGCUACUAAUAAACCAUUUCAAAAUUUCAUAUGGCCUAAUAAUUCAACAUCUUCCAGAAAAUUAUGGACCGUUACUAAAUCAAAUGUAUUCACAACUUAUGAUUUAGACUUUCAAGAAACUUCUCAAGAUGCAGAAAUAUCAAGACCAUUAGAUGAUUUACCAAGUACGUCGAUAACUUGGAAUAAUGGUAUGGGAGAUUUCUGUUUCGUUAAUCAAGAUAAAUACGAAUAUGAAAUGACAGAUAACGAAUCGUAUGCUAGUGAAAAUGACGAUCUGGAAGAAUUAGCUAUUCCAUUAGAUAGAAGCAAUACCAAUAGUGUUGUGGAAGAAGAAGAAACGAAAUAUUAUGAUGAUUUCGAAAGAGUAGUUGGAUCACUUCCUGUUCCAAAUCCGGGAUUCAAUUCAACUAAUAAUUCAUUAGCUUCUGGUUCAAUAGAGAAACCAGGAUUGUUUAGAUCGAGUACGCAAUAUUCAGUUAAUUUCACCAAAUCACCAUCACCAAAUCCACGUUCAACUAACACAUUCAGCUCAUUUCAAGAACCAGCUCCUCUCGUUAGACCAAAAUUACAUAGAAAUGCAUCUACUACAACUCAAGAAUCUAAUAUUUCAUUUGGAUCUACAGUUCAUUCAACUGUCCCUUCGUCAAACAAUAAAAAGCGAUUGUCUUACGUCAACCAUUUAUCACCUUAUGUUGUUCCAGUUAGUCUUCCAAUCCCGAGCAAUGAUGAUACUGUAUUUGAAGCAUUAGCAGAUAAUUAUUUGGUAUCGAUUCCAGAUGGAUUUAAUUUAGUUGAUGUUUGUUACUUAAAUGCCAGUAUCGCAGCUACGGUUCAUAGAUUUCGAGAAUGUCAAGUUUGGAGAAUGUUGGCCGUAAGUCUUGAAGAUGAUUAUGUGGCCAAUGCCCAACAAGCAGAUAUUUAUACUGAUAAUCAACGAGAAAUGAUUGAAAAUAAUCAUAAAUUAGAAGAUGAAGAGUAUAACAAAGAUGCUAAAUCGUUACUGUCUGAUUUAGGAAAUUUUGUGGGAUCAUAUAAUUCCAAUUCGACCCUGACGACAAAUUAUGGAGGAGCUGGAUCUCAUAAUGGUAAAGAUCAAAGUGUGGAUUCUCUUGGUAAAAUCCCUAGACCAAUGAAAAGUACAGAUGAUUUACAAUUACAUGCUCUUUCAUCAAAGCUUUCUUCUAAUAGUCUUAUGGAACUAAUUCAUAAAAGUAGAGGUAAUAGUUUUACUAAUGCAUCCAAAAGUCCUGAAGCAUCUAAUUUAUUCUUACGAAAAGAAUCCAUAACUCAAGAUGAUAAGUUAGAAAAUGCUAUUAUUGAUGAUGACGAAACUGAAGAUGUUGAGAGUAGUUCAUCUCCAAAAGAUAUAACAUUUACAGGUUCUAAUAAUAAUCAUGAACAUUCAGCUCCAAUUGCUAUCACUUCCAAUGAAUCACUUCCUCGUACCACCACUUUUGAAAGUAGAUACAAUAGAUAUUCAUUCACAUCUCAAAGACGACCAACAUUAACUCCAUCCACUCAUACUUCUGAAGAUUUGGAUAAUGAAAAUUGGAAUAUUUUAAAUAAUGCCGCUAAUAACUCUAGUCCAGUAUCAAAUGCAAUAUUUUUACAACAGGGAAGUCCUAACUAUUUCAAUCAGAGUCAUCAUUCAGUUUCACACCAUCCUUAUGGAUCAUUCCUGUCAAGAAGAAACUCAGCCAUUCAACCUGUUGGAUUUCCAAGAAAUAAGCCAUCACCAGGAAGUCUGGGUGGAACAAGGGACGAGACACCGAAACAAGCACUUAAUCAAGUUCAAGAAGAAAUCUUGUCAUUGAAUCCUUCUGAGAAGGCUACCAUCAAAUCAGGGUUAACUAGAGCAUUUGAAUCUUCUGCUGAUCCACCAGCGAACGAAGUUUUAAAACCAUGGAAAGUGGAAAGCUUAUUAAAGCAAGUAUUGGAAUAUUCAUCACAACAAGGUGAUGUGGUCUUUUGUGCAACUUUAGCAUUAUUAUUCCAUGAUCAAUAUAAUGCAAUUAUAUCUGAUGAGGUGUGUCUUGACUUGAUAUCGUUAUAUAUUGAGAUUCUUCAAAGAAAGAGAUUAUUUGUCAAUUGUGCCAAUGUGCUUAAUAGUUGUCCUAAAGGAUUAAUGGAUAAAAUCAAAGAAUUAACCAUUAAUGAUGUUGAUCUUCGGUUUUAUUGUUGUUGGUGUGAGAAAUUACUCGUCAAUGAACAAUCCAAGGAGAAACUUAAGGAUAAGAGAGAUGAAUUUGGGUUUUGGUAUUGUGAUGAAUGUUCUAAGAAACAACUGAAUUGUAUAUAUUGUGAAGAACCAUGUAAAGGAUUAACUGUUGUGGUUAGUUUGAAAUGUGGUCAUAGAGGUCAUUUUGGAUGUUUAAAAGAAUGGUUUAUUGAAGAGGAAAAUAUCGUAUGCCCUGGUGGCUGCGAUUAUCAAAUUUUAUAGAUAGAUAAAUAAAUAACAUUACCAUUAAAUUUAUAUUAAUACUAUAUCUCCAAGGUCUAUGUACUUCUUUAUAACAUUAUAUUUCACAACGUAAAUACCAUCUUUUUCAAUUGGUAAAUCUUCUCCAUCAUCUAAUUUGAUAUACAUUGGAGUAGUUGAAAUCGAUUUUAUGAAUACAUGUUUGUUGAUAUCGGGAUGUUCUAUCAUACUUUCUUCACCAGCAGUAUCAUCCAAAAGAGUUAAUGAUGGUGGCAUUUUCUUAAGAAAACUGUUAUUAUAAAGUUUAGUAAUGAUUUUAAAAUGUUGAUUGAUAUAUUCUUCUUCUUCUGGAGAUAAUCGUAUCUCCUUAUCACUUUCCAUGGUUUCAUUUAUAUAAUGAAUAGCAUGUUUAUCGAUUUUGGUUAAUCUUGUUCUUAAAUAGAGUCUUACCAAGUAAUUAUAUCUUUCUAUAUCUGUUUC